UGCCGGGAGUGCUGUCUGACGCUGUCCAGAAGGCAUAAGGGCACAUAAGCAGACGAUAAAAAAGAAGAUGGCGCCAUCCUCUUGUUGCGCCGUCGUCUGUUGCCGCUGGCGCUGCUUCCCCAUGCUUCUGCUAGCAACGUUUUUACUUAGCGCAGUAAAGGCGGACCGACCUACAAAGUCAACAGUCUACUACAUGGAUGACCUAUGCGGGUCGUCGCAUACGGCUGCCAUCACGGUGGGAGUGGCAGGCCUCGAGUCGGCGGUGGUGCUUCGUGCCACCAAGCACCACAUCGACCAUGGCUUCAACUGCACGGUGAACGUGACCACGAGGGUGGACCGGAGCCUGCUGUACAGCAUCUCGUUCCUGGACUUGCCCAUGACUUGUCUUUCCUACCUGGAGUGCAGUUGUGGGCGGACCGCCGGGACGCGCAGCGCUUCUGCCGCAACGUGGACGACCCGCGUGGCAAGGAGGCCCACUGGGUGACCGCGCCGCAGCUGCUGGUCCAGCUGGUCACCUCGCGCCACGACUGGAACUACGAGCGCAAGGCCUUCGAGAUCGUGCUCACGUCGUACCGGCAGAGCCUGCACUUCGACGGCUGCUACAAGGGCGAAUACCAGUGCGGCAACAAAUUCUGCAUCUGGCGCGAACUCACUUGCAACAACGAGAACAACUGCGGUGACCUGAGUGACGAGAAUUGCAUGUCGAAGACCCUGGCAGUGGCCGUGACCGUCGCCGCUGGAAUCACGGUGGUUGUACUCAUCUUCACGUUAGUGGCCUACAUCAGGAAGCGUGCUCGAGGGGGACCACACGACUUGUCCCGCACCACGAGCUCCCAGUCGGUUCACAGCGCGGGAUCGGGCAUUUCCGGCGCCUACGACACCACCUACCGACCACUGGUGGGAAGGCACCUGCUCAUGGAGCCGCUCUUGGAGGUGCCCAGCGUGCAGGUCUCUGGCCUUCCCAGCAGGACGUCGUCCGAGGACAACGUGCCGAAAGAGGCCCAGGGUAGCGAGAAGCGACUGAGGCCCUGCAUUCGCUACGACCGGUCCGUGUCGGACCCGAUGUGAAAGACAGAAACGUGCUGCCCUGUCGACAAGAGUGUCUAGAUGGGCUGUUUGGUGGCAGAAAGACACGAUUGUGGAUGAUACGGUACGGUCCACUGUUAAAGAAAACACCUAGCUGGCAGUAGGACAGCAGUCUGGGCAAGUUGGCUUUCUUUCAGGACGAACGUACAAAGAGCGACAAAAUGACCAGAGCAAGAUGUAAACGACACAACCAGCGUUCACUGAGAACUGAAAAUAUUAUUGAAAACAUCGUGUCAUAUAAAGGUAUGUCAAACACGCCGGCUCGUAUCUAAGCCCCGUCACCCUUAGCGUAACGCUUGGAAGAACAAAAUAUGACUAUAAUAUGCGAAAAAAAUCGAUGCAGUGAAAGAUAAGCAGGACGAUGCCAUGAGCAAUUUCGGUGAUAUAGCAAAAGCAGCAGAUGAUGUCUAUAUACUGAACUGUACAUUAGCCCGGGCAGUCACGUACUCUUGAUUGCACACGUAGUUUGGAACGGCGUACAGAAGUUCGACGUGCAAGUAGCGAUAAAGUUAGAAAAUUCUUGCAAGUUAUAUCCAAUGGAAAACUGGUAGGAAAAAAUGGAAUAACAGUUGGUUAGACGAAGAGUAGAGGGGACAUUAUACUCGAAAAGAUUGCGACUGUUUAUUCGCAAUGCGGGAUCAGGGCAAUGCUUCACUCCACUUAAACCAGACAACAGGAUUGCUUUAGGAAGGGGUAUAUAACAAAGAAUCCUAUUCAUGUAAGCAAUCAUGUAAUCGAGAAAUAUGAGGCGCAUAACUAAGUUCUCUAUAUUGCUUUCAUAGAUUAGGAAAAGAUUCCAUUCAACAGAGAUACCAGAAGUCAUCGAGGGGUUACUCAGUCAACAAAUACCGGAGGUAUUCGUGAAUGCCUUAGCAUUUAUGUAUAAAGAUUCCACAACUUCCUUCAUGGUUCACAUAAAGAACGGGACAUUACUGAUUAAGAAGGAAGUCAAGCAAGCAGAGGCAAUAAGAAUUUCUUCAAUGCCGUUCACUGCAUGCUUUGAAAUAUUCAAGCUGCUAGAAUGGGAACGAUUACGUGUGAGGUUGAACGGGGAACAUCUCGGCAACCUGCGGUUUGUGGAUAACCUUACUCUGUUCAGCAGUGCUGCAAAUGAGCCCGAACAAAAGAUUGAUGAUUUUAGUGAACAAUAAACAAAAAAAAAAGAACUAGGCUCAACUUUAAGAGACAGGAUGACAGAAAUGGGAAUGAAGAGUGGCAACUGAUAUUCCAGUUCACACUAAAAUGAGAUGGAGUUGAGCAGGCCAUGUAAGGCGUAGGGCGGACCACCGACCGACAUUUACAGUCCCGGAAUGGGUGCCAGAGGAAGGGAAGUGUGGUGAAGGGUGACAGAGGACGGGGUGAUGUAAUGGAAUUAGGAAAUUUGAAGGCAAAGAGUGUUACCAGGCGGCGCGAGAGCGAGGUAACGGGAGAUCGAUGAGAGAUGCCUUCGUCCAUCAGUGGACAUAAAAACAGGCUGAUGAUGAUAAGACGUGAUUUUUGCAAUAACUUUUGUUAGUGAGCUUUAGACCUGUUGUGUUUCCUGCUUGUUUUCGUGCUCUGUACAUUCAUCCUGACUUAGUUGAUGAUAAAUCCAUAAAAACUCCAGCACACAGACUUUAUCGAGGGAAACAUCUGGCUCAGGAGACGAAUGAAGUUGACAUGUAUGCUUCAAAAGUAAUCGGCCUGUCUUCGUGCCACAUUACUGCUGUAGAAAGCAGUGAAAUGAUAACUGUUCUCUUUAAGAGCGGACCGUACUGCAUGCAUGACCACACACAGAACUAACCUCCAACAACGCAUUCAUUUCAGUUUUCACUGCCAUACUUAUAGUACCAUUAUACGUCAUCGGGCACGUGCGCGCUUUUGUACAGUGCACAAAUGCCCCUUAAGUUCUUGAAAUUAAGCCCUGUGCUUUGUACCUUGUACCCUCUGUGUUCGUUUGUGCUUGCGCUACGAGAGUUUCCGAAGACGCCUCGUCUUCGGAAACACGCAACUAGCCCAUAUUUGCGUGGUGUGGCAACAGUUCAGCUGUGACGCUGCGUUGGCGAGCACCAUUAGAGCCACAUGGUGCGGCGAUAUGGAUUCGUGUUCAAUGUUUUUGUUUUGCUUUCGCGAUAGGUUGGGGUGCCUCUGAAACGCUUUCUUGCGCACUGUUCGAAACUGAAGGACAAUAUUGCGGCAUUUAAGAACGCUGAAACGGAUGCAGCGAACAGAUAAAGCGCCUCACACGAAACGAUCUUUUCGUGCUUCUUUCUGUGGCUUCAUUAUGAGCCGAUAGAACUUCUUAGAAGUAAAAAUAGCAAACUUGCUCGAAUCUCUAUGUUUGCGAAGGAGCCUUUGCAUGUUCGUUCCGAAACCUUCGGAGAAGCAUUUAAAUGUUCGGCAAAUUAGGGGAGGGAUUACAAGUGCCCCUGCAAGAGGGUUACAAAUAGCACCGUUAUCGAGUUUAACUUUCACUGCGCAUAAGGUUUGAGGUACGAGGUCUGUGUGUUUGCAUAUAAUGCACAAAUCUGUUAUGGAAUGAAAUCUGCGUGUAGUUACAGUGCUGUUUCUUACGGUGAAGCGUAGCACCACCAAAUGAAUGCUCGCUGUUGAUUUUUUUAACUGUCACUAUUGCUAUAACUAUCAUCAUGCGACUGCUCUUCAGGCUUUAUAUUAUUAUAACUAUACAACUUAACAUGCUUAUCAAAGCGUUCUUGUGGAAUCCUAUGAACAUGUGCUACAAACAGUCUGUUCUUUCAUGAGAAUGAACGAAAAAUUGUGGAAACGUUCGCCAACAUUAUUUUACUUAAGCGACUUUGGCUCCCUGUUUAGCAGACAGGUGGCUUAAAGUUUGGUUGGAGUUGUCCUCAACUACGUUGAAAUAGCUGCGCAGGAUACUUUAGUUCGUCGAACAUGUAUUACUUUGUUGUUUUAUUGUAUUAACACAAUAAAAGGGUCACAUAAAAAUGUAGACAAAUUUAUGAACAGUGGGUGAAGAGGCGUAGACUCAGCCUGGAGCCAACGUUUUGAUAAAGGAAGCCUGAGUCUCUUAUGAAGACAUACACCCUUAUCGAAGCUUCUGGAAGCUCUGGUUUCUUCAGGCUGUGGUUUUCCGUCUACGCCAUGUGUGGAUUACGUUGCCUUAUUGUGUGAUAUUCCUACUUCUACCUGCUUAGAGUGAAGGUACAGAAAAUAUAACAAACGUUCUAGCCAGUUAAAACCCAGCAUUGCCCGCACACCUUUGAGCAAUGUGAAAGGGAGCACAAAAUGUGUGUUUCAUGAACGAUUUCGCAUGGAAUGCGUUUUGGAACAUAUGUGCUAGGUAACGUCCUUUUUUCAACAUCUAGUCUCAUCAGUGAGUGUUGCGUUCGGUGCGAGUUUGGAGCGAGCAUCACUUCUUGAAUUAAACUUUUCGUGAGUGAGUGAGUGAGUGAAUAAACUUUUAUUUGGUCCAGCAAAGCGCGAUAAAACGCGCACCCGGCUAAUCCCACGACGGGACUGACAGAUCUAGUCUGCCGGCCCGAUCGCGGGCGCGCUGGACGGCCAGGAUUUGAUCCUCAAAGACAGGACUUCGCAGGAGCGCGUCCCACUCUUCCUUGGUGAACGUCGGGCCCAGCGACCCGCACUCCCAGAGCAUAUGAGGCAACGUAGCUACCUCACCACAGGCCACGCAAGAACAAUUUGGAUAAAUCUCUGGAUAUAUGCUAUUAAGGGACGCCGGAUUUGGGUACGCGUUCGUUUGUAGAAGUCUUAGUGUGACCGCCUGCGGCCUGCUUAGCUUGGAGUGAGGCGGGGGGAAAACCCUUCUCUCUAAGUAAAAGAAUUUCGUGAUUUCGUUGUGUGUGAGAGGAGCGUCUCUG